AUGACAGACAGACCUCCAGCGACUCUGACCAUCCAGGAACGGAUGAUGAGUGCUACUGUGGGCUCACUGUUGACAUCUGUGAUACUAACGCCGAUGGAUGUGGUACGUAUACGGCUUCAGCAGCAGCAGAUGUUAGCGGAUUGCGGGUGUGCUGAUAUUUCGGAGCUCGAUGAUAGCAAAGUCAGAAAGAGAAUUAGUGAAGGAGGUGUACGAAGGAACACUCUGGAGCAGCUACGACAGUCUAAAGUGGUUAAUAGAAUUGACACUGUACCUAAGAUAUUCUGGGAGAGUACAUGUUUUCAAAAUUUGAACUGCAGAAACCAGAAGUUUAAUGGGACUUUAGAGGCUUUUGAGAAAAUAGCAAAAUUUGAAGGUGUAACUACAUUGUGGAGAGGUAUAUCAAUUACUUUACUUAUGGCAAUUCCCGCAAAUGUGGUAUACUUUACUGGUUAUGAGUAUGUAAGAGAUAGAUCUCCAUUGAAUGGCUUGUAUCCGACUAUCAAUCCAUUAAUUUGCGGAGCUUUUGCCAGAACUCUUGCCGCCACUUCGGUAGCUCCAUUAGAACUUAUUAAGACGAAACUUCAAAGCAUCCCUAGCUCUUCGAUGAAAAAUGGUUCAGUAAUAAUGUACAGGGAUUUGUUCAACGAGAUUAAAAGUGAGAUUGCCAUGCGUGGUGUAGCACAAACUAUGUUUAAGGGUCUAGAGAUUACCUUAUGGAGAGAUGUGCCAUUCAGUGCUAUUUACUGGGCUUCUUAUGAAUUCUACAAAACGAAAGUAGCCUAUUUGUCUCCAUCAACAUUUGAUAAAAACAGUUCAAAUUGGUUCCAUUUUACUAAUAGCUUCCUUGGUGGUUUUAUUAGUGGCUCUCUCGCAGCUAUAUGUACACAUCCUUUUGAUGUGGGUAAAACACGGCAACAAAUUAGUCUUGUGACGGAUAAGAAAUUAGCGAAUUCGAAUUUGAAGUACGGAUCAUCAAACACAAUGUUUGGAUUCCUAAACUAUAUUCGUAAAACCGAAGGAAUUGGGGCAUUGUAUACCGGACUAGCUCCCAGAGUUGCAAAGAUUGCUCCUAGUUGUGCAAUCAUGAUUUCUAGUUAUGAAUUAACUAAGAGACUUUUCAUGUAA